UUGGGGCUGAGACUGCAGUGUUCUGAGCUCAGUGAAAGCAGUCAAGGGAGGAGGCGGGUCUCUGGCAAUUUCCCUUUCUAACUUCCCCCACCCUUCUCUUCCAACCUCUGUUCCACCUCGAGGUGGAUUCCAGCCUUUGCGGCAGCUGCUCUCUAGCCCUUUGCAGGACCCAAACAACAGCGGCCGGCCAUCGUUCCCAGGAUGGUGAUCCGUGUGUAUAUUGCAUCUUCCUCUGGUUCUACGGCGAUUAAGAAGAAACAGCAAGAUGUGCUUGGUUUUUUAGAAGCUAACAAAAUAAGAUUUGAAGAAAAAGACAUUGCAGCCAAUGAAGAGAAUCGAAAGUGGAUGAGAGAAAAUGUACCUGAAAACAAUCGACCAGCCACAGGGUACCCCCUGCCACCUCAGAUUUUCAACGAAAGCCAGUACCGUGGGGACUAUGAUGCCUUCUUUGAAGCCAGAGAAAAUAAUGCAGUGUAUGCCUUUUUAGGCUUGACAGCUCCACCUGGUUCAAAGGAAGCAGAAGCUCAGGCAAAGCAGCAAGCAUGAACCUGAAACAUUCUGUCUUAAGCAUCCUGAAAAAGGAAUCUCUAUUGCUCUUAAAUUAUCUUCAAAAGAAAUCAGCUUAAUGUUGAGAUAAUAGAUUAUUUGGUGUUUUCACAUGCAAACAAUCAAAAUGAGUAAUACAUAAUUAAAAUGUGAAUAUGAUGAGGAGAAUGAGAAGUGAACAAAAUUUUUAGAUGUCAUGGAAUAGUAUUGUUAUCUGCCAAGGCAUUUUAUACUUCAGUGAUUGUAAAAAAGAAAAAAAAGACCUGUGCCUUUUCUGGUAUUAUUAUUGCAGCUUUUAAAACAGAGCAAAAGAAUCUGUCUCUUGUUCCAAAAUUGCCUCAUUAAUUUUAGUUAACAAAAAUAUGUACCCUUUGAUAUAACAUUAUUGUGAUUAAAAAGCAGUUGCAGGUAAUUUUUAUAUGUCAGACAUUGUAAUUUCUUAUGGUAAUUAUAACAUUCCUAUUAUUUUGUAAUUGAAACUUUUACGUACUAAACAGGUUUUUUAUGCUUCUAAAUGUAGCCCUUUAUUGUUUACUUCAGUGAUCAGAACAGAUGAUCUCCUACAAAAAAAAACAAAAAAAACAGAUAUGUUCAAUUGACAAGUUCCUCGCUUAACUGCAGAGCUAUGAUGCAAUUAUGUUUCUAAGUUGCUUGCCUCAGUGAAACAUGUAUAUAUAUAUAUAUAUAUAUAUAUAUAUAUAUAUAUAUAUACAUAUAUAUAUAUUAUGAAAGUGGGCUAGCAUGUAAUUUUAAAAUGGCAUUCUUUUGCAAAAAGCUCAGACUUCUAAUUAACUAUUAACAAAAUAGGUCAGCACUCAAUGCCCAAGUCUGGUUUUCCUUAGGUCUUUGCUAAAAAAAGUCUUAAUGGUUCACACUUUUAAAACAACUUGUGGUCAUGAAUGCCACUACCUCUCAGAUAUUUGACAUGUUUGUUUCAGCUUGGGCACAUAUUAUAUGAAUAUGUAAAUCUAAGCAGAGAGAAUCUUUUCUAUGUUUCUAUUCCAGUGAUAACACAAGUAUCAGUUAAAAGAGUCAAUUUUUAAAAUAUUAAUUAUGAAAACUUGUAAGAAAACAAAAAACAUUAUGGCUUAAUUACUUACCCAGAAGAUAUACAUAUUGUACCUUAGUUCCACACUACUUUAUUACUUAAAAAAAACCACCUUUUACUUUAAAUUACCUUACCCUAUCAUUUGAUGUGUGCAAGUCUGUAUUCUAUGCCAAAAUCAACAUACAGUGAAGACAUAGUUUUGUUUACUGAGAUUCAAACUUAAUGUGAUGCUUUACAAUAAACUCAGUCCUUUUAGAAACAUA